AUGGAUCGCACUUCAAAUCUUGGAGACUUGAAUGAUCCCGAAGACCCUUUCCAACCAAGCCCUGGCGGCUCCCAAACCACAUUGCCUGAGGCUUCUGCAGUGCCCUCUGCUCCCGAAGACACGCCUGGGGACAUUGCCCAGAUGAAUCCUGAACCCACGCCUUCAACAACUGCCGCCAAUCCACAUCAUGCCACCCUCAACGAUGACACAGAAGACAUUUUGGCUUUUAUCCGUCAAAUCGAUGAGACGCGGACCCAAAUGCCGCCCGCACCUACCGUCUCAAGUCGAAGGGUCCUGCAGAUGGCAGAGGACCUUCAAGUCCGACGUGCUGAUCAUGAGGAGAUUACAGUGCCACGAAUCCCACCAUUUCCAUCGUGA